AUGGGGCCGCGGCGGCGCCGGGGGGCUGCGCUGCCGCCGUUACCGGCGCGGCGGGGGGGGCCGGGGCUGGGGGGGACCCUGCUGGCGGCCGUCCUCCUCGGGGGGGUCCUGCUGGCGGUCGCCCGCGCCCAGCCGGACUCGGACCGGGACGGGGCCGAGCCCUGCCGAGCCUGCCGCGGCCUCGCCGACAGCUUCAGCAGGGGUCUGGAGCGGACGGAGCACGAGGGCUUUGGAGGGGGCAACACAGCCUGGGAGGAGGAGAAGCUGGCCAAGUACCAGCACAGCGAGACCCGUCUGCUGGAGGUGCUGGAGGGCGUCUGCACCCCCUCGGACUUCGCCUGCCACCAGCUGCUGGAGCAGAGCGAGGAGCACGUGGAGCGGUGGUGGUUCCACGAGCGCCAGCAGCACCCCGACUUCUUCCGAUGGCUGUGCGUGGACAGGCUGGCUCUUUGCUGCCUGCCCGGCACCUACGGCCCCGACUGCCGGCCCUGCGCCGGGGGGCCCCGGCAGCCCUGCAGCGGCAACGGGCGAUGCGACGGCGACGGCACGCGCCGCGGCACCGGCCUGUGUGUCUGCAGCCCGGGCUACGGCGGCCCCUUCUGCGCCGAGUGCGGUGACGGCUACUACGAGGCCUCGCGCAACAAGAGCCACCUGGUAUGUGCCGAGUGCUACCGGGCGUGCGGGCGCUGCACGGGGCCGGAGGACUCCAGCUGCCUUCGCUGCAAGAGGGGCUGGGUGCUGCACGAGCACCGCUGCAUCGACAUCGACGAGUGCGGCACGGAGAUGGCGCACUGCCGAGCCAACCAGUUCUGCGUCAACACAGAGGGUUCCUACGAGUGCCGAGACUGCUCCACAGCCUGCAUCGGCUGCAUGGGCGCCGGGCCGGCUCGCUGCAAGAAAUGCAACAAGGGCUACUGGCGGGAUGGAGCCAAGUGCCUGGAUGUAGAUGAGUGUGCCGGCACCGAGGAGCCGGUGUGCACGGGGGCGCAGGAGGUGUGUGAGAACACGGAGGGCAGCUACCGCUGCGUCUGCGCCCGCGGCCACGUCCGCCGGGACGGGCACUGUGUGGAGGACAAGCCCCCGGAUGCCCCGGAGAAGGGCUUCUUUGACGACGUGACGGAGGACGAGGUGGUGGUGCUGCAGCAGAUGUUCUUCGGCGUGAUGAUCUGCGCCCUCGCCACGCUGGCCGCUAAGGGCGACAUGGUCUUCACCGCCAUCUUCAUCGGCGCCGUGGCGGCCAUGGCCGGCUACUGGCUCUCCGACCGCAGCGACCGCGUCCUUGACGGCUUCAUGAAGGGCAGAUAGCUCUGGGGUUGCUGGCCGUGGGGUGGGCCGGGGGGGGGCAGGCUCAGCCUGGGGUGCGGGGUACCCUCCGCCCCCCCCCCCCCAGCAGGGAUUGCCUGCCAGGGCCGGAUCCUGCACGCGGUGCGGUGCCCUGCAUGUGUCCCCCAGCCCCCCCGUUAGCAUAGGGUCUCGCCCCCCCCCCUCUGUGGAAUGAGCUGGAGUUACCUGAUCCCCAGGGGCUCCCUAAUCCCCAGGGGCUCCCGCACAGCCCCCCUCCAGCCGGAGUGGUGAUGCCAGGCAGUGCAGCACCGUGGAAGGGGGGGGCACAGCAUGCUGCCCCCAGCCCCUUGUGAUCUGGAGGGGAGGCCCGGCACCCUGGCAGCUGGGAGGGUGUGGGGGCAGGUUGGGGGGGUGCUCUGGCACCCCUGGGUGAUGCUGGCAGAGCUUGGCCCUGCUGCCCACUCGGUGAGCACCCCACAGGCUGGGGGCUGCCAGCCACGGGGGACCUUGUAUCCCCCCUCCCUCUGAGACUGUCACCUUUGGGGCAGGGGGGGGCUGGGUCCCCCCUCUACCCUGAGCCGUGGGGCUGGGAGAGCUGCCCUCCCCCCCACCCCUUCUCCCCACAUCCCUGGGCAGAGCCCAUCUCUCCCCUCCCAGGCUGGGGAGGGGCCGGGGGCUCCCACAGGACAGGGGGUCGGGGGCCCCUUGCCGCUCGCAGGGUGCUGUGCCGGAUGCAUGAGCGUGGCCGUUGCAUUUGUCCGUGGUUUGUCCGUCGGGGUGUGCCCAUCUGUCUGUGUGUCCAUAUCUCAGGAAAUAAAGCUCUGCACACCCA